AUGAUAGAAAGCGAUCAUGACAUUGUAGAGGUGCAAAGUCCUCUGCAACGCGAAGAAAGUUCUAGAAUAGUUCGUGUAAAAAUAAAACAACGACAAUCGCUAAUCACUCGGGUAAAUUUGUUAAAACCUAAUACAAUUCAUCUGGACGAACUUUCGCUCAAAGAUGUAGAGGCAAGGCUAGCCCUGUUAGAGCGUCACUACAACGCCCUGGAUGAACUGCAGUCGGAAAUAGAAUUUUUAGACGAAACCCAAUUUGAAGGUGACAUUCGCUCCGUGGUGGAUGAUACGUACUGUGAAGUCAAGGCGGCAUAUGCAGAGAGGCUCGCCUUAUUGCGGACGUGUGCUGAAGAACUGCCGUUAAGCAGUACAGUUGCCCAACAGUCAGUGCCAUCAUCGCGGACGCAGUUCAAUUUGCCCAAAUUGCAGCUGCCAUCCUUCGACGGAUCACAUCGAGAAUGGCUCGAUUUUCGUAGUAUGUUCUCCGUUAUGGUGGACAAAAACCCAGCACUGUCAGAUGUCGAAAAGUUUCAAUACUUGCGCUCGAGUCUAACAGGAGGUGCUGCGAGCCUGGUUCAAUCGUUAGAAGUUACCAGCUUGAAUUACAAAAAGGCAAUGGAACUACUUCAAGCUCGCUACGACCACAAAAGAUACAUUUACCAGUCUCAUUUGCACCAUAUUUUCGAGAUUCAGCGCGUCGCCACCCCAAGCGUUAAAGCUCUUCGCGACUUCGUUGACGUCAUUAAUGCAAAUAUACGGGCAUUACAGUCAAUAGCAACACCAGAACAAAUUGGAAACAGCCUCUUGCUUCAUCUAGUUGUGUCAAAGCUAGACCAAGAGACACAGCUGAAGUGGGAAGAGGAGAUAGCAGCAAGGUGGGACAGGGAAUCAUCAUCAACGGCAAUCCAGCUACCAACAUGGGAUGACCUCGCCGCAUUCCUGGAGCGGCGCUGCCAACUCAUCGAUAUCAUUGACGCCACCGCAAAGUCCACCAAGACGUCGCAUCAACAACAUGCCAACUCAUCACCAGUGUCAUCUUCAAUGCCAAAGCAUCAACCACAAUCAAAACAGCUAGCAUUCAUCGCCACCAAACAGCAAAACUGCUCCUUGUGCGAUCAACCAGUUUUUCACAACGCCUUCAAAUGCUCACCAUUUAUGAAACUAUCAUCUUUCCAGCGCUAUGACGUCGUAAAAAAGAAGAAUCUGUGCUUAAAUUGCUUGGGCCAAAACCACACAUCCAAGCAGUGCCCAUCGACGCAUAGAUGUCAAGUAUGUCGGGCGAGUCAUCACACGUUGUUGCACAGAAAUUCAACAAGUGCGGCCAAUGAGCAAUCAUCGACAUCGUCAUUGACACCACCAUCAACUAACAUGCAUUCAACGUCGGUCCCAACAUCACUUCAGGUAUGUAACGGUAGCCAAGAAGUAUUACUGGCUACAGCCAUUGUUCAGCUUCGUAGUUCUUCGGGUGCGUUAGUACUCGCACGUGCACUUCUCGAUUCCGCCUCACAACUGCACUUCAUUACCGAGCGCAUGGCUCAACUGCUUCGUUUGAAACGGGAAAAGGUUCCGUUAGAAAUCAGCGGAAUAGGUUUGUGCGGAGCUAGGUCUCAAUUCUUAUGCAAGGUAGAGAUGCGCUCUCAACAUACAGCUUAUUCGUCAACAAUGGAUGCGGUUAUCAUGAACACAAUAACCCCGUCUCAACCACGCACACCGUUGAACACAUCAGCAUGGAAUAUCCCAAAUAAUAUCUCCUUGGCCGACACAACAUUCAACACACCAUGCCCAGUGGAUUUGCUGAUAGGAGCAAGCAUGUUUUACGAUUUACUGUUGGUUGGACAGAUCAGCUUAGGCGAGAAUAAGCCAGUCCUUCAAAAAACUAAAGUUGGGUGGGUGGUAGCCGGAGCCGUUACAAACCACCCACUGUUAUCGUCAGCUACGUUGGUUUCAUCAUACCCUACAUCUAUCGCGACUGACUGCAUGUUAUCGAAUUCACGGUCAUCACUACUUGCAGCCAACGCAGCUAAUACGUCGGCACCAAUACUCGAACCGUCCCUUGAUCAAAUUUUGGAAAAAUUUUGGCACAUCGAACAUUAUCCGGACCAAACACAAUCUAACCUAACCAUUGAUGAAAGAGAAUGCGAAAAAUACUUCGAAGAUACUACAAAAAGAUGUCCCACUACCAACAAAUUCAUCGUACGCCUGCCGUUUAAGGAACCACCUCAGUCUUUGGGUACUUCUUAUGACAUAGCACUGAAACGACUUUUGGCCAUCGAAAAUAAACUUCGCCACAACAGAUGCCUUGAAAGGGACUAUAAUUCGUUCAUGAAGGAAUACAUCGCACUACACCACAUGAUCCACGUCCCCUGUCCAGAUGCAUGUUUAAACUACAUACCGCACCACGCAGUCAUGAAACUGGACAGCAGCACGACGAAGCUUCGUAUGGUGUUCGAUGCGUCAUGCCGAACAUCAAAUGGCAAAUCUUUGAACGAUAUUCUUCGUGUAGGCCCUACCAUACAAGAUGAUCUUGUUUCAAUUCUCAUCAGAUUCAGGCAGCAUGCCUUCGUGCUAAUGGCGGACAUCACCAAGAUGUAUCGCCAAAUCAUAGUAGACAAGGAAGACACCAAUUGGCAAUGCAUAUUGUGGCGAGAUGAGAUAACAGAUCGAAUUAAGACAUAUAAGCUGCAAACUGUAACGUAUGGUACGGCGUGUGCACCGUACUUAGCCAUAAACUGUCUGCAGCAACUCGCACGUGAUCACAUGACAUCACAUCCAAUCGGCGCAUCAGUUAUUGCCAACGACUUUUAUGUUGACAAUCUCAUGACCGGCGCACCUACAAUUGAAGAAGUUAUCGAAAUCAAGCAGCAAGUCAUCGAAGUGUUAAACAAAGGUGGAUUUCCACUGAGAAAGUUUGCAACGAACGACCCAAGCAUUAUCGCCGACGUAGCCGCAGUGGAUCGUGAAGACAUUAUCCAAGUUGAAGACGUAGGCUAUGUUAAAGCAUUGGGCUUGAAAUGGUCACCAUCUUUGGAUAGCUUUCUCUUCAGUUACACACAACCACCGGUAUCAUCGAAACUUAGCAAGCGUAUCAUCCUCUCACAUAUCGCUAGAUUCUUCGAUCCGUUGGGUUUGCUCAAUCCGCUUAUGGUCACCUGUAAAAUUUUGUUGCAGCAGUUGUGGAAGCUUCGGCUGAAUUGGGACGAAAGUGUACCUCAGUCUAUUUAUACACAAUGGGAGUCAUUUUGCACCAAACUCCCGCUUGUUGAAAAUCUUCGAGUGAACAGAUUAGUAGCAUGUGAUUACAACUCUACUAUACACGCAUUUGCAGACGCCAGUACAAGGGCAUACGGUGCCACCAUAUACGUGGUAUCCAACUCAACAUCGGCACUACUCUGUGCGAAAUCUCGUGUUGCUCCUACGAAAGAAGUAAGUCUGCCUCGUCUAGAACUCAGCGCUGCAGUGCUUCUGGCAGAGUUGCUUGAGUUCGUGUGUAAGAAAAUCCACCACAACCCUCGGAAUGUUCACUGCUGGACCGAUUCAAUGAUUACGUUGGCCUGGAUAAAGGGAGAUCCAUCAAAAUGGACAACUUUUGUCAGCAAUCGAGUAACCAAAAUACAAUUGCUCACUCAGCACUAUCACUGGCACCACGUCCCCAGCGAAUUAAAUCCUGCUGACAUACUUUCACGAGGAACAAAAGCUGACAAAUUCAUCGAAAAUAGCCUUUGGUUUCAUGGCCCGCAUUUUCUUACCCAAGACGCUCAACACUGGCCACUACCAUCAUGCAAUGCCAUCAACGACAAUAAUAUACCAGAGCAGCGUCGACAAAACAUCGUUUUGCUAACAAAUCCAACAACAGAUAUCAUCAGCGAACAUAAAUUUGUCACGAGUUACAAUAAACUUCUUCGAAUAAUGUGUUAUGUGCGACGCUUUGCAGAUGCAUCGCGUGGAAUUCGUACCAACCAAGAUAGCAUCACCGCAUCGGAAAUAAAUGAUGCUCUUCUCAUUAUUUGUCGCAUCGUCCAAAGCAACAAAUUCUUCGAUGAAUUAUCCAAGCUUCAAAAAGACCGCCUCGUUCAUCGGAAGUCGCCGUUAUCGCAACUAUCACCAUUCCUAUGCAAUGGAAUCAUCAGAGUUGGAGGUCGCCUAAAAAAUUCUUCACUCACCUUCAAUGAAAAACAUCCUAUCGUAUUGCCAAAAUCGCAUCCUUUUGUUCACACACUUAUCAUGCAUUUGCAUCAACAACAUCUCCACGCAGGCUGCCAAACGCUGCUCACCAUCAUUCGUGAAAAAUUUUGGAUCGUCAACGCCAGAAACACUAUCAAGCGUGUAUUACACAAAUGUAUAGUUUGCUACCGGUUUCGUCCCAUUUUAUCAAAGCAAUUAAUGGGUGAUCUACCACGCGACAGGGUAAUUCCAUCUCCGCCAUUUGAGAAAACCGGAGUCGACUAUUGCGGUCCAUUGCUUAUCACACAGCGAAUACGAGGUAGACCUCCUAUCAAGGUCUACAUUGCUAUUUUUAUAUGUUUCAGCACCAAAGGAGUUCACCUUGAAUUAGUACCUGAUCUAACGACAGACGCAUUCAUAGCUGCUCUGAGACGCUUUAUGGCUCGGCGUGGCAAAUGUCGCAUCAUAUAUUCAGAUAAUGCCACAAAUUUCGUCGGCGCGAACCGCGAGCUAAGAGAACUCCUCCAUCAACACACGUCGCAACAGCAUGCAGAUAGUGUCCAGGCGGCAUGCUGCACAGACGGCGUCGAAUGGAAGUUCAUCCCUCCAAGAUCACCACAUUUCGGUGGCCUGUGGGAGAGUGCGGUGAAGCAAGCCAAGCAUUAUCUUCGUAGAGCCGUGGGUGUCCACAUUCUUACAUUCGACGAGCUUUACACAAUUUGUUGCCAAACUGAAGCAAUGAUUAAUAGCAGACCCCCGAUGCCCAUGUCGAGCUCACCAGAUGAUCUUCGCCCUUUAACACCAGCACAUCUCAUUAUCGGUCGAUCACUAUCGUCUAUUCCUGAACAAUCGCUAACAUCAGUAAACACUGGAACACUAAAAAGGUACCAACUAAUACAAUGGAUCCAGCAACAAUUUUGGGCGCGAUGGAGUAAGGACUAUCUCCAAGAAUUACAGUGCCGAAAAAGAUGGAAGUCUCCAAUGCCAAAUAUUCAAAAGGGCGACCUAGUAUUGCUACAGGAAGACAACACUCCACCAUUCAAAUGGCCCAUGGGUGGCAUCUUAGAUACCAUCGAAGGUUCUGACGGAAAGGUCAGAGUAGUCAUCAUAAAAACCGCAGAAAGCACUCACAAGCGAGCCAUAACACGGGUAGCCAAACUGCCAAUAUCUCAAUGCAAUUAG